CUUCUUGAGGCGUCCUUCUGUGACAGGGUACAUUACAACAUGAGGAAAAUAAAAUAAAAGAAUAGCAUAACCUUUGAGUAGUUUUAGACAUUGGAACAUCUAACCUAGGAUGGGAAGUUAGACAGGCUUCCUGAAGCGUGGGUACAUUGAGGGGGUGAGGCUGAUGGGAGGUAGUGACUGAGAAAGAAGAGAACUUUAGAUGGGGAGUCAGGAGGAUCUCUUUUAAAGGGUAACACCUGCCCUGACCCCUGGCCAGUGUGGCUCAGUUGGUUGAGCAUCAUCCAGUGCACCAAAAAGUCACUGGUUUGAUUCCCUGUCAGGGCACAUGCCCAGGUUGUGGGCUUGAUGCCCUGUAGGGAUGUGUGCAAGACAACCUAUUGAUAUUUCUCUCUCUCCCUCUCCUUUCCUUUCUCUGUAAAAUCAAUAAAAACAUGCUUUUAAAAAAUAAAUAAAAAUAAAGGGCAACACCUGAGGGAAACCAAGAGGCAGCCAGCAGAGCUUCCAGGCAUAAAGGAACAGCUGGGGUAACUAUGGGGAACCGGGUGGAUGUCAAGGAACAGCAGGGAGCCAGUGUGCUUAGGGAGAGGGAAGGGCUUUGAGGACCAGUGUAAAAAGUUGGAUUCCAUUCUAGACGCCAGCGGUGGCAUUGGAAUGGUGGUGCACAGUGUGCAGACAGCACACCUCCCCUGGAAUGGGAUGGGCCCUUUGCGCCACCGCCUCUGUGACAUCACUGGACUGUGACGUCACGGCAGAAAGCUGGUGCCCCACUAGCCCCACGCCCCGCGUCGCAGUAACAUCGCGGCAAGUCCCUGGGCAGCCAGGCCAUUAAAUUUUAGGAGGCCAUGCGGAAGCGCGACAUCGUCCUCACCAAUGUCACCGUGGUCCAGCUGCUACGACGGCCAUGCCCCGUAACCAGACCACCACCACCACCACCCAAACCAGAGCCAGUGGCAGAGCCAGAACCAGAACCAGAGCCAGAGCCUAUCAAGGAGGAAGCCCCACCUCCUCCACCUCCACCACCUCCACCACCUCCACCACCUCCUCCACCUCCUCCUCCACCUCAGAAGGUUCCUGUGGUUCGGGAACUGACUGUUGGCAUCAAUGGAUUUGGACGUAUCGGUCGCCUGGUGCUGCGAGCCUGCAUGCAGAAAGGCGUUAAGGUGGUGGCAGUGAAUGAUCCAUUCAUUGACCCGGAAUACAUGGUGUACAUGUUUAAGUAUGACUCCACCCAUGGCCGAUACAAGGGGACUGUGGAAUACAAGAAUGGACGGCUGGUUGUGGAUAAACAGGAGAUCAGUGUCUUCCAGUGCAAGCAGCCCAAAGAGAUCCCCUGGAAGUCUGUCGGAAGCCCCUUUGUAGUGGAGUCCACAGGAGUGUACCUGUCCCAAGAGGAAGCUUCCAACCACAUCCAGGCAGGUGCCUUACGUGUGGUCAUCAGCGCACCCUCACCAGAUGCGCCCAUGUUUGUCAUGGGGGUGAAUGAAAAGGACUAUAAUCCUGAUUCCAUGAAAGUUGUCAGCAAUGCAUCCUGCACCACCAACUGCCUGGCCCCCCUUGCCAAGGUCAUUCAUGAGCGAUUCGGGAUUGUGGAAGGACUGAUGACCACAGUCCAUUCCUACACGGCCACCCAGAAGACAGUGGAUGGGCCAUCCAAGAAGGCCUGGCGAGACGGACGAGGAGCUCACCAGAACAUCAUCCCAGCCUCUACAGGGGCUGCCAAGGCCGUGGGCAAAGUCAUCCCAGACCUCAAAGGGAAGCUGACAGGAAUGGCGUUCCGGGUACCAACCCCAGACGUGUCUGUCGUGGACCUGACCUGCCGCCUAGCCCGGCCGACCACAUACUCCGCCAUCAAGGAUGCCAUAAAAGCAGCAGCCAAGGGGCCAAUGGCUGGCAUACUUGCCUACACGGAGGAUGAGGUUGUCUCUACGGACUUUAUCGGCGAUACCAACUCUUCCGUCUUCGAUGCUAAAGCCGGCAUCGCGCUCAACGACAACUUCGUGAAGCUCAUUUCCUGGUACGACAAUGAAUACGGCUACAGCCACCGGGUGGUGGACCUCCUCCGGUACAUGUUCAGCCGAGACAAGUGAAGUGCGACAGCCCCUCCACUCCCCUGUGCUCCCUGCCCAGAACCUCCACCUCCCGCAGAGGGGAGGCGCCCGGCGCGCG